GUAUACAGCGUUUGACAGUGACACUUUGACGUCUUAUUUAUUUGUAUUUCUAAAAUGCGUCAUUGUUGCGAAUUUAUUUUAAACCAAAAAUAAAACUUUAUCGAUUUAAAGUGAUAAAAUCUGCUACCAGUUAAUUUCUUGCUAAUCACAAUACACCAAUUUUACAUUCCAUGGGAUAAGCAAGUUUUCUAAAGUGUAAUUAAAGUACUGUAGACAAAAAGGGAAUAAGCAUGGAUGAAGACAUUCUCACUACAUUAAAAAUAUUAAUAAUAGGUGAAAGCGGCGUAGGAAAGUCCAGCCUGCUGUUGAGAUUCACCGAAGACAAUUUCGAUCCCGAACAAACGUUGACAAUCGGUGUAGAUUUCAAAACGAAGAAGCUAAACAUCGAUGGCAGUUUAGUGAAAUUAGCGAUAUGGGACACGGCCGGACAGGAGCGAUUUAGAACACUAACGCCCUCGUAUUACAGGGACGCGCAAGGAGCCAUACUGGUGUUCGAUGUUAGUAGUUACGCCACAUUUGCCAAACUGGAGAUGUGGCUGAACGAGCUCGAAACGUAUUCAACGAAAAACGACAUUGUCAAAAUGGUUGUAGGAAAUAAAAUCGACGUGGAUAAACGUGAGGUUUCCAGGGAGGAGGCCAUGAGAUUCGCUAAGAGGCAUCAUACUUUAUACAUUGAAGCUAGUGCUAAAACUAAAGAUGGAGUUCAAGCGGCGUUCGAAGAAUUAGUGCACAAGAUAAUUCAAACGCCAAAUUUAUGGGAAUCGUACGCAUUAAAUAACAUCCAUCUGGGUAGUAAGGACCAUCCGAAUCAGUCUUCGUGCGCCGGUUACUGCAGUUUAGUGUAAUUUAAUUUAAACGAUUAUCUUUUAAAACACGGUUACAGAAUAUUAAUGAAACAACAGAUUAAUGAAAUAAGAAUAUUAAUGAAAUAAAAACACUUUAAACAAUCGAUUUCAUAAAUAUAAUCACUUCUAAUUUAAUUCUAGUCAUUUUAGUCUAUAUGAAACUGUUAAAGUGUCGUUUGUGAACAAUCUCCUCACUUUUAUUAAAAAUUAACAUCAUUUCUGUUCAUUUUAUACUCAAAUUACUUUGAGCAACAAUCUUUUUUAAUUUAUUAAUAAUUUAUCUAAUGUAAUAGGUUUUUUUGGGUAAUAUUGGGAAUAAUGUUGGGAUUAAUAGCACCAGUAAAACAUUCAAAAAAAUAUAUAACUAAAGCUUUUUAAUGUGCAAUAUGGGGGGAAAGUAAAUCUAAUUAAUAGGCACCUAAAAUAGUUUGUACUGUAAGUAAAUAUUUAAUAUAUUUUAUAGAAAUGUAUCCUCAUUAUUAUAAUUUUUAUUGGUAUUCGCUUUUAUUGAUAAAAUAUUUAUAUCAAAAAUCUAAAUAAAAUUCUUUCAAACAUGCCUCAGUUAUUUAAAUAGCUGAGCUUUUGUAAACUUAACACAUUUAUCUUCAUUUUCAGAACUGCCAACAUUCAAGUUUUCUCUUUUUCUUUCGUUUGCAAUCUCGAAGUUACGUCCUUUUUUCGUUGGGCUAGUUUCAAUUUAGUCUCUUGUACAGAUUCGCAUUCGGGCGCAUAGCAUAUAUGCAAAAUUCCCCCAUAGAAAGACCUCCCGUCCAACAAUCUCUUGGCUAUCCUGGCGGACUGGAUCCUCUGAUAUCGAACAUGGUAGCAUUCCGUAAAUAUUUCCGUCUCGACAUCCGAUACCACAGAUAUCGAAAGCACUUGCCCAUAUUUAGCGCAAAGCCGCCUCAAUUCGUUUCGUAAGUUUAUCGACGGUACUCCGUAAACGUAAAAAUGC